CUUCGCGCUGUCUGGUCGCUACAUAUGCGCAUAAAAUCUGCCGGGCAUAGAUCGCAACAACAGCAACCACAACUGCUAACACGUUAAAAUGCGACACAGCAAACGAACGCUAUACAGCAAGAGCAACAAUAACAUACCUUGGCUUCUGCUGCUAUGUCUUCUCGUCGCCUCACCUGCCACUAUUAUGGCAGCCAGACGUUCGCGUCUGGAUUUAGCCGAAAGCGCACAACCUGUCGCCCCAGCCGCUGCCUCCGCUUCCACUGCAGCGAAGGACAGCUAUUUGCCUAUUGCAGAACAACAAGCGGCAACGGCACCAUUAGUCGAUGCAAAAGCAGCAGUAGCACCUGUGGCGGCGGCACCGGUUUCCCCCACUACAACUGCAGCAGAAAUCACCAACUCAGCUAAUGCAGUAACCGACAACGAUGCAAGGCGUCAAUCAGAGGCAGCAGCGAGCCAACAACAGCCGGCUAUUGCUACCGAUUUGGGGGGCAGCUCCGAGGCAAAACAUGCCAUUGACAACUCAGCAGCCAACGAUGCAGAAAGUGAGCAACGAGAUGCCGCAAACUCAUCUGCGGCGGCGGCGGCGGUGGCGGUGGCGGCGGCUACAGCGACGGUAGGUGGUGCAGCAGGAGCAGCAGAUACAGGCGCAGCAGCGGCUGCUUCACUUGCGGCAUUCGACUCGACAACCAGUGCGGCAGUGGCACUGGAAUCCGCUGAAAAGCUGGCAGCACCUGCAUACAACGCCAAUGAAGAGGAUCAAUUACCAAAGGAACAGAAAGAAUUGCCGACAGAUAUUGGUGAUGAGGACAUUGACUUGCUGGACAGUGGCAAUAGCGUUGGGACAGCUAGCGGCGGACACCACGGUUACACUGAGGAGGAAUGCGAUCCGGAGUUGAUUGGCUUCGAAAUUGUUACAGG